AUGAUGAUGAUGAUGAUAUCUCUUCAUUUCUCCACUCCAUCACUAUCCUUUCUCACAUAUGAUUCCAAUUCCAGAUUUUUUAAGAACCCAAUUAAUCCAAUUCGUGUUACUCUCCCCCAAAACUCCCAAUUUGUUUCUUGCCGUCGUUUCAAUUUCAACACCAGAGGAACGAAUUCAAACCGUAAAACCUACCGGCGAAAUCCGAGUUGCUAUGGAAUCAAAGACUCAGGCGAGACAACGAAGCCUGCGCCGCCGUUAGAUUCCGGUGGCGGUAACGGCGGAGGAGGCGACGGCGGAGAUAACGGUGGUGACGAUGGCGGUGAGGUGGAGGGUAAAAACAGGCUGUUGCCGGAAUGGCUUGAUUUCACGUCGGACGAUGCCAAGACUGUGUUCUUGGCCAUAACUGUAUCGCUUGCGUUUCGGUAUUUUAUUGCGGAACCAAGAUACAUUCCUUCUCUGUCUAUGUAUCCUACUUUUGACGUCGGAGACAGAUUGGUUGCAGAGAAGGUGAGUUAUUACUUCAGGAAGCCUUGUGCAAACGAUAUUGUGAUCUUCAAAAGUCCACCGGUUCUUCAAGAAGUUGGGUACACUGAUGCAGAUGUGUUCAUUAAACGGAUUGUUGCAAAAGAAGGUGACCUUGUUGAGGUUCAUAAUGGGAAACUGAUGGUUAAUGGUGUUGCACGGAAUGAAAGUUUCAUCUUUGAGCCUCCUGGUUAUGACAUGACACCAGUCAGGGUACCGGAAAAUUCAGUCUUUGUGAUGGGUGAUAACCGGAACAACAGUUACGAUUCGCAUGUGUGGGGUCCUCUGCCUUUGAAGAACAUUAUAGGACGGUCGGUUUUCCGGUAUUGGCCACCGAACAGAGUAAGCGGGACAGUGCUUGAAGGUGGAUGUGCUGUUGAUAAGCAAUCAUAA